AUGGAAGGUGUCAAUUCAGAAAUUAAUAUGAAGAUUGAUGAUCAAACAACAAAGAGAGGAACUAUAAUUGAUCAAAAUGAAAAGAGGGAGUGUAACAACGAUAAUUGCUUAGAUAAUAAUAACCCAGAAGGUGGAAAUGGUGGGGGUUAUUUAUUUAAUUUGCUAGGCCGUUUAAAUAAUUAUAAAAAACCCAAAUCUAAAUCUAUAUCAGAAGAAGCAUGUAUAAAUGGUAAUUGUGAUGUUGAUGAAAAUGCUAAUAAUAGCUUAAAAGACGAUGAAUCGAAAAAAGAAAACCUAAAUGCUGGCCAGCCAGAAAAAACAAAUAUAAAAAAAAAUGAUGCAACUAAAAAAGGUGAACUAACUCCCAAAGGUGGCACAUCUAAAAAAGUUGAACCAGCCCCAAAAGGUACCACAUCUAAAAAGGGUGAAUCAGCCAAAAAAGGUAAUACAUCUAAAAAGGGUGAAUCAACUCCAAAAGGUGAUGCAUCUAAAAAGGGUGAUAUAAAUUCCAAAAAUGAUGUAAGUUGUUCAAAAGGGUUGUCUCCAAAAAAUGCACCAAAAAAUGGCGAAUUAACAAAAAAUGGUAAUGUUAAAGAAAUAAAGAAAAAUGAACAUAACAUAACAUGCAAUGUCAAUGGUGUACCAGCAGUAGCCUCAAUGAUUACUAAUAAAAAUAUAUCAAACGAUUUAAAAAAAAGUGAAGAUAAAGAAAAAUUAUAUAAGUUGGAACAAAAUAAAAGUGAUGAUAUUGAUGACAACAAUAACAAUAAUAAUAAUAAAAAGAAUGGAGGUAAUAGCAUUGAUAAUAUUAAUAAUGAUAAUGUAAUGAAAAUUGGAGAAUCAGAAUGUAGAGAAAAAAUAGAAGAACUAAUAAAGGAAAUACGAAUGAACGAUGGGCUUUAUGAUGAAAAAAAUAAUGAAAUAUUUUUGUUGUAUACUGAAUUAUAUAAAUACUUAAUUGAUUUAACAGAUUAUAUUAAUAUUGGAAGUAAUAAUCUUAAAAAGUAUGUAAAGGAGGAAAUUGAAAAAUUAAAAGAAAACAACGAAUUAAUAUUUCACUUUUUAAAAAAUUUCAAAAAAAAAAAAAAUAAUAUUUUACUAAAUUUGAAUGAUUCGAGAUUAAAUGAAAUUAAAAUCUCAUUUUUUGACAAUUUUGAAAAAAUAUUAAAAGGAAUGGAAGAAGAAUCGUUAGAACAAUAUUAUAAUGAUCUUGAGGAAAGUGUAAUGAAAAAUCGAAAUGUAGGUGCGAUAUUUAUAAUCCUUUGUAGAAAUCAAAUAAUAUAUGUUUUAGAAGAUUUAUAUAAAAAUGUGUAUAUACCAGCAGUUGAUAAUAUUGAAGAAAUAAAUAAAGUAAUAAAAAGACUCACCAAUAUGAAUAAUUUUACAAGAAUUAUAAUAACUGUAAAUGUUUCUAAUAAUACAAAUAGGGAUAGUAAAAUAAAUAACAAUGUUGACAGAAACGCCAAAAAUAUAAUUGGUAAUGGAAUCAAUACUAACAGUAAUGGUGUAAAUAAUAAUAUAAUUCAUGAUGCUGUGGAAAAUGAAUUAUCAUUAGUUAUUCAAAAUGGUAUAAACAAUAAUAUGUCUAUGGUUGGAUGUAAUAGUAGUAGUAGUCCGAGAAGUAACAGCAAUAAUAACUAUUUGAUGAGCAUGAAUAGAAAUAUUCAAAAAGUUUCAGAAAGUAUAAAUGGAAUCGAUCAAAUGGAUGAUGAUGAAUUUGACGAGAGGCAAGAAUUUGAAGAUGACCAUUCAAAUUUAGAGAAUAAAACACCAUUUAGUUCCCUAAGAAAUGGAAGUAAUAAAUUAAAUAAAUUAAAUUUCAAUAAAAAAACAAACUAUUUCCGUAAAGAAAACAAUGAUGCACAAGUUUUAUUAUCAGCAUGUACACCUAACGCUUCAUCGUCUUUUGUUGAAAAAAAAUUAAGGGAAAAAAAUGUUAAAAAAAAAAUAAUGAGUAAUGAUAGUAAUAGUUCUAAGAAUAAUCACAUUCUCUUUAAUGAUAAAAGUACAUCGAAAAGUAUAUCAUAUGAUCGAAAUCAUUUGAAUAGUAACACUACAGCAACCAAUCUUCUUAUUAGUAGCAAUAGUAAUGGCACAACACUUAAUUGUAGCAAUAUGGGUAGUAAUAAUGGAACUAAUAAUAGUAUAAUAAAUAACAGCAAUUGCAUGAAUGGUAGUAAUGCUAGUAGCAACAAUAGCAAUAAUAAAACAAAUAGUAAUAUGAGUACAAAUGCCAGUACAAACUUGGGGAAUAGCAAUAAUAUUUGUAGUAAUAGUAUUUUAGGAGAUAUUGCUAAUGGAGUUAUUAAUAACAACACAAAUAUGAAUAAUAACAAUUGUAAUAGUGUAUCAGAUAAUGAUUAUUUUAGUGAUAUGAUGGUAUAUAUUUCGUGGGUUCCUAAAAGUGCUAGAUGCCAAUACCCAUUAGAAUUACCCAAAAAUUCUGCUGAAAGAAAUAAGCUAGCUGAAUAUAUAGAAGCCAAAGAACAGAUGCUUUAUAUUUUGAAAUUAAUGGGAUAUGAAGAAAUUGAUAAUAUAUAUUUCCAUCCGCCAAAGGGGUCACAUAUAAAAAUAAAGUUUAAAACAUUAGCAUGUAUGAAUAAAUUUUUAAAAGCUUAUAAAAAUACUCCAGAUAAAUGGAAAGAAGAUAUGUUUAACUUUUUUAAUAUCCCGCUAAGAAGUAGCAUAUCAGUUCGUGACCUUAGAAUAGAAAGAGCAGUGCCUAGAUCUUCUACAGCUGAUUUUAAAAAAAUUAAAAAAAUUAACAAAAAUAAUCAUGAUUUGUUUUUGUUUAAAGAAAAUUAUAAUUUGUGCCAAGAUAAUUCUGUUGAAAAAUUAGAAAAAAUUAAUUUUCAAUAUGAUUCAUAUACCAAAAAUAUUAUGGGAACAGUAGGCUCUACUGGUAAUAGUCGUUGUGAUAAUAAUAGCACAUCUACAUUGCAUUCUUUUAUGCAAGGUGGUAACAUAAAGAAUAAUAACUCCGUAAUAAACAAUAUGGGUAAUACUAAUAUUAAAAAGUAUAAUGGUGGAAAAAAAUAUUUUCAUAAAAUUAAAGGAUUUAACAAUAUAAAUUCAGAUUAUGUAAACAAUAGUAUGAUGUCUAAUAAUAGUACAUUUGAUGAUAUGGAGAAUAAUAUUAUAUUUGCUCAUAAUAAUAACAAUGUUGAUGAUAUUGAUAAUUCUGUUAAUAUUCCUUGCAAUACCAAUAUGGUUAGCUGCUCAGGAGAUGGUACAACUAUUAUGCAAACUUCUCGCUUAUAUCCUGUUAAUAAUAAUAGGAAUAAUAUCGGAGCAACUACUGUUAUGAUACCUAAUGGAAUUCUAGGAAAUAGAAACAAUAAUAACCAAAAUAUUAGUAACACUAUAAGUAGUAGAAUAGGAAUACAUAAUAUGAAAGAAAAUGGAAAAUAUUAUUUUGAAAAUAAAAUGUAUAACCAUAUGAACAGAGGUAAUAUAUUUAAUGCGAAUAGCUUAAUGCCUAAUAAUUUAAAUAAUGAUAAUUUUAUUAAUACUACUAAUGAUGAUGAUGGAAAUAACGUACAUAACAACAGUACUAUUGUUAAUGGAAAUAUAUGUAUAAAUGGAAAAAAUGAAAAUGGAAAAUUAAAUUAUAAUAUUAAUCAUAGUGCAACUAUGCUUACAUCUAGAAACCCAUCAAGGAAUAUGUAUAUUUUAAAAAAUAAAAAUAUGAAUAGAAAUGGUAUUGGAACAGAAACAGACACAGCAGGAGCUUCACUUUUAUCAGCAUCGACGUUUGUAAAUACAAAUACUGGCCAUUCAAUUAAUAAAGAUAUAAUGAAUAAUAAUCAAAGUUUUAAUCUAAAAAAACAAACACAUUAUGCAUCAUAUUCUAAUAAUACUAAUGGCAAUAUUAAUGGUUUAAAUGAUCAUGUAUUUUCAUAUACUACUAAUAACAAUAGUAACAUAUCAAUAGCUCUAAAUAAUCGAAUAUUAAAUGAUAAUUCUAGAAACACAAAUAAUUAUUCUAAUAGAGAUUUACAAAAUGAAGCAGGAAGUUUAACUCAUUUUAAUACUACUAUUAUGGAUCAAAAUUUUGAAAAAGAAAAAAAUCAACUUCGAAAGUUUAAAAACUGCUAUAUAGCUAAUAAUACGUAUACUGAUAAUACAAUGAAUAAUGUGGAUACAAAUAAUAAUAACACUAAUAAUAAUAUGGAUAAUAAUAAGGUUAUUAAUAAUAGCAAUAUCCUUGAAAAUAAUAAUACCAAUUCGAGUGCUUCUAUAAUUAACGGACCCCUAAAUAAUAAUAACAAUGGAAGUAGAAGCAGUAGCAAUAGCAAUAUGGAUAGAAUGAUAAAUAGUUGUAUGCAUAGAUUAAGUAAUGUAAAAUCGCAUAACAAUAAUAGUUUUUGUAGUUCCGCUUUCAGUUCAAACAUAUUAAACAAAAAAUACAUGCAAAAUAAUCAUAUAAAUAAUAAUAAUGAAGAUAUAAAAGAAGAUUUUAAAAACUUAAUUAAUAUAGAUUUUAUAAAUGAUAUAGAUAUGGAUUAUGAAGAAAAAAACCAUCAUAAUAUAACUAAUGAAAUCCUUACUAGAAAUUCUAAUACCCAUUUACAUCCAAAACAAGGAAAUGUAAAAAGAUAUAUGUCACUGACCAAUUGUUUGAGCGAUGGUUUGUUAGAAAAUAGAACCGGAAAUUGCACAAGUAAUGCUACUAUGAAAGGGAGAGAUUAUAGUAUGUAUGAAAAUUUAUCAUUUAAUAAUAUUAAGGAUUUUGGAAGCAUAAAAAAUUUUACCAGCAUUAUCAAUGAUGUAGAAGAUAAACCAAAUGAUAUCAAUUUUAAUGAAAAUGAUUUUUCAUAUCAAAGUUCUAAUAUUAAUAAUAAUUUAACAAAUGUAUGUGACGAAGUAAACAUUGAUGAUUCAUGUGUAGUUAUGCCUGAUGGAUACAAUAAUUAUUUUUCGAACAAUAAAUCAAAUUUAUAUGAUAAUAAUAAAAAUGCAUUUUUUAAUUAUUAUAAUUCUAUGAUGCAAUCUGCCAAUGGUGGUAAUAUUCAUAUAAAUCAAAAUAAUAAUAUUGGCAAUACAAUAAGUAAUAAUAUUAAUAAUGUAAUAAAUAAUAAAAUAAUUAGUAAUAAUAUUAAUAACAAUAAUAUUGGAGAUAAUAAUAAUACUAAUAACAAUGGAGAUAAUAACAACCCUUUAAGUCUAGUUAAUGAAACUACUAUAAAUGAAAACUUCAAUUCUGUUGAUUGUGUCGAGAAUAAUAAUCAUGGAAAUACUAAAAUUAAUAACAUGAACGAAGCUUAUUAUUAA